AUCAUACAUUCAUUAUUGUCUGGGAAACAAUUACAAGUGUGCAUUUGUCAAACAAAGGAAGGCAACAGGUUUGAAUAAUAAUCUAAACAGGAUUUAUUUAUGAUGUUAGAUAUUCACCUUAUUUACUCUUUAAAUGUGAAACAAUAACAAUAUAACGCUUAACACAUCAAACAUGGGGAUGUUUUCAAGCUAUGGAACUGCAAGUGAGGCAGAUAAACAAAGUUGACCAUAUGACCUACUUUAUCGACGUCUAAUUGGUUGAGUGGUAUUCUCAGUAAACUUGGCCCAUAAUGAUGACAUUCUCAAUAUACUAAAACUGAAUUCACAGACAAAAAAAAUAAAAAUAUGGACUUCACUAAACAUAGCAAAGCACUUUUCUUGCAGAAAUAAAAAAUUGCACCACAGCACUGUUUCGGGGCAGCGUCAUGUUUUGUGACUGCAAUGCCUUCAUGGGGGCGAUGGGCGUUUCUGGACGCAGAUGGCGCUGUUGAGCAUAUAUUUUGUUUCAGUCCCGUUUCCCUCCAUGGUUUCUCCUCUCUCCGACUAACUUAGCGUUUGGCUCAGUUCAUUAUACAGUCCUAUAUUCUCCCUCCAUUAGGGCAUCUCUGCCUUUGGACUGAAGAUCCCACCAAAACCCAGGAGAGAAAAGUUUUACUUUCAUUAGGGCAAGAUGGACAUGAAAAAGAGGAUCCACUUGGAGCUACGAAACAGGACACCGUCUGAUGUACGAGAACUUGUCCUUGACAAUUGUCGAUCAGUUGAAGGGAAAAUCGAAGGCCUCACAGCUGAGUUUGUCAACCUGGAGUUCCUCAGUUUGAUAAAUGUCGGCUUAAUGUCAGUCUCCAACUUGCCCAAACUAGCAAAACUCAAAAAGCUGGAGUUGAGUGACAACAGAAUCAGUGGCGGCCUUGAUGUUUUAGCAGAGAAACUACCCAACCUCACACAUCUAAACCUGAGUGGCAACAAAUUGAAAGACAUUAGCACAUUGGAACCAUUGAAAAAGCUGGAUAACCUGAAAAGUUUGGAUCUCUUCAACUGUGAAGUGACAAACCUGAAUGACUACAGAGAGAGUGUGUUCAAGCUGCUGCCACAGCUCACCUACCUGGAUGGAUACGACAUGGAGGACAGGGAAGCCUCUGACUCUGACGGAGAGGUGGACGGAGACGGCGUAGAUGAUGAUGAAGAUGAAGAGGGAGAGGAGGAGGAAGAUGAGGAUGGAGAGGAGGAGGACUUUGAUGAGGAAGAGGAUGACGAAGACGAAGAGGAGGUAGAAGGAGAAGAGGACGAUGAUGAGGUCAGCGGAGAAGAUGAGGAGGAAGACUUUGCUAAGGAUGGGGAAGUAGAUGAAGAAGAUGAUUUUGAUGAGGAUGAAGACGAAGCAGAAGCUGGCAAAGGCGAAAAGAGAAAGCGAGAACCAGAGGAUGAGGACGACGACGACGACGAUGACGACGAUGAAGACGACGAUUAAGAGCAAAACUGAAAACGAGAGCCUACCGAGUUUCCCUCCCUCUCCCACAAACCCAAACGUCCGCCCUCCUACAACUCGCACCGCCUUUGUAAUCCAUGUCUACCCCCCAGCUCUGAGCUCUUUUUAUGGGGCAAGACUGUACCGGAUGGGUGGGCCGAGUGGAGCUGCCACCCCCCUUUUUUUCCCUCCCCCUCAUGGAACUGAGAGCCACCCAACACCCUCCACCUCACCCACCCCACGGCCCAGAGGUUCUCAGGCAGCCCAGCAUUCCACAAUUUCACUGUCAAUCCCUCUUUAUGUAUUCCCGUGUGAGGACUUUGGGACUGGUAUCUAGUUUUGGGUCUGUGCUUUUAAUAUUUUGUUGGAUGAAUUAUUUUUUGUUGUUGGGUUUAUUAUUUCUCAAUUUUUUUUGUCCUUUAUUAUUUUUUUUCUGUUCCUUAUUUUUCCCAAUAAAAUUAUUGCUA